UAAUGAUAAAGAAGAGGAAUUGAGAUUUUUGAGUAAUGGCAUCAGGAGGAUCUUCUUCUACUAAAGUGGCCGUUGUCGGAGCUGGAGCUUGCGGUCUCGUCGCUGCUCGAGAGCUCCGAAGGGAAGGUCAUCAGGUGGUAGUGUUUGAGAAGGGUGACCGACUCGGAGGCACAUGGGUUUACAAUGACAGACUCGAGACCAACCCACUGAGUCCGACUCUGUUCCUCGAACAGAGUCGUCGUCAAGGGGAAGAAGGUGUAGGGGUUCAUGUCCACAGCAGCGUUUACCGUUCUCUCCGAACCAAUUUGCCGAGGCAGUUGAUGGGGUUCUUGGAUUACCCAUUCCUCAAGGAAGGCCAUGUUGGAGACUCCAGAACGUAUCCUCUACACGAGGAGAUCCUCUCCUAUUUGGACGACUUCGCCAGGGAUUUCCGACUCGUUGAGUUGAUCCGCUUCCGCACUGAAGUCGUCCGCGUGGAGCGUAAUAAUGGAAGCCCAAACGAAUGGAUCGUUCAGUCUCGCUCCUCUCCAACUCGGACCAAUACUUCCGAAUCGGAAUCGAAGUCGGAAUUGAAAUCGGAGGAGCUGUUCGCAGAGGUGUUUGACGCCGUCGUCGUCUGCAACGGCCACAAUACGAAACCGAGAUUCGCCGAGAUUCCAGGAAUUGAUAAGUGGCCGGGGAAGCAAAUACAUAGCCACAAUUACCGAAUUCCUGAACCAUUUCGAGACCAGAUUGUUGUAUUGAUUGGAAAUGGGCCUAGCGCCGAUGACAUUUCUAGAGAGAUCUCAGAAGUUUCCAAGGAAGUCCAUAUAGCAUCAAGGUCCCCAAAUGUCAAAAUUGGGAAGUUCGACAACCAUUGUAAUAUAUGGCAACAUUCAAUGAUAGAAUGUGUUUCUGAGGAUGGUAAGGUUGCUUUUCAAGAUGGAUCCUCUGUUUUUGCAGAUAUCAUUUUCCACUGUACAGGGUAUAAAUUCAAUUUCCCAUUUCUUGAAACAAAUGGAAUUGUGACUGUGGAGGAUAAUCGAGUUGGCCCCCUGUACAAGCACGUUUUUCCACCUCGCUUGAGUCCUUGGCUAUCUUUUGUGGGCAUACCAUUAAUGGUUAUCCCCUUCAUGACUUUUGAGCUACAGGCCAAGUGGUUAGCACAGGUUUUAUCUGGCAAGGUGCUACUACCAUCGGAGCAGGAGAUGAUGAACUCUGUUGAAGAACACUAUCGACAUAUGGUGGAGACAGGAAGACCCAAACACUACACCCAUAAAUUUGAUAAGGAACAGUUUGAGUACAAAAACUGGCUCGCUGCUCAGUUGGGGUUGCCACCUAUGGAGGACUGGGUAGAGCAAAUGGCUACCAUUAGUGUCAAGCUUGCUUACUCCGAUCUUGAUGGUUAUCGAGAUAAUUUCAAAGGAGACUAUUGGAUUCAACAAUUGCAAUCCUCCAGUCAAAGAAUACAUUGAUUCUUUGAUGAUUAUCUGUCUAAAAAUUGAAUUUUGAAGUAAUAAGGACUAAUGGAUUAUGAAUUCUCACUUCAAUUUUUGGCC